UUAACCCAAAUCCAUCAGCAAACUCAAGCAGUCGAGCAACAAAGCAAAUCUUUUAAAUUUUCUCUCCUUCCAUACACAAUCGUUUCUUUUCCUUUGUGUGGCAAGAAAACACUUCAUUUUCUUUCUUGAGACUCUUUUCUUUGUAUCUAAAUUUUCUUUUUUUUUUAAAGAAAAAAUUCAGUGAUCAUGGCUCCUGAUCUUACCACCUCCACAAAGACUACCUCCACUCUGGUCAAGCAAGCUAGCAUAUCUUCUUGUGCUUAUAUUACGUUCUUGGCUGGAAAUGGAGACUAUGUGAAAGGUGUUGUUGGGUUGGCCAAGGGGUUGAGGAAGGUUAAUAGUAAGUACCCACUAGUAGUGGCGAUUCUGCCUGAUGUUCCAGAGGAGCACCGCAAGAUUCUGGUCUCUCAAGGGUGUAUAGUCAAGGAGAUUGAACCUUUGUACCCGCCUGAGAACCAGACCCAAUUUGCCAUGGCUUAUUAUGUGAUCAACUACUCCAAGCUUCGUAUAUGGGAGUUCGUGGAGUAUAGCAAGAUGAUAUAUUUGGAUGGUGACAUCCAAGUGUUUGAGAAUAUAGACCACCUCUUUGACUUGCAAGAUGGCUACUUUUAUGGUGUUAUGGACUGUUUCUGUGAACAGACAUGGAGUCACUCCCUGCAGCACAAGAUUGGCUACUGCCAACAGUGCCCUGAUAGGGUUCAGUGGCCUACUGAGAUGGGUCCUAAACCUCCCCUUUACUUCAACGCUGGCAUGUUUGUUUUUGAACCCAAUCUGUCCACAUACCAUGAUCUCUUGAGUACUGUCAAAGUUACCACUCCUACUCUCUUUGCUGAGCAGGAUUUCCUGAACAUGUUCUUCAAGGACAUUUUCAGGCCACUUCCUCCAAUUUACAACCUCGUUUUGGCCUUGCUCUGGCGCCAUCCUGAGAAUAUUGAACUUGACAAGCUCAAGGUUGUUCACUACUGUGCAGCUGGCUCCAAGCCAUGGAGGUAUACUGGGAAAGAAAAGAACAUGGACAGAGAAGACAUCAAGAUGAUGAUCAAGAAAUGGUGGGACAUUUACAAUGACGAGUCCUUGGACUACAAGAACACUCUGGCUGCUGCUGCUGGUAGAACUGAAAGUGGUGUACAACCACUCUUGGCUGCACUCUCGGAGACUGGUGUUGUUCACUACAUGACCGCCCCAUCUGCUGCCUAAGGCUAUAUCAGUAGUAGCAGUAAUUUGUAUAGGGAUGGAUCCAUAUAAGGCUUUGUUUAGGUGAAACAUUUAUAUUUUUUGCGAACCCCCAUGUAUUAAAUUGGGGUAGUUUUCUUCUGUGAGGACAUUUUAUCCCUCCUUUGUAUUGUUGGUUUCUGACUGUUUUUCAAUUAAUAUAAGAUAUAAACAGAGUGUUUUACUGUAA